UGUCUGAGUCCUUUUUUAUCUCUCGCUCCCUCGACCAUUCGUUUCGUGCUUAGUUGCCGUGCAGUUCAGAUCGCUGUAACUUUACAUUUGUUGAUCCGUGCAUCAUGGUGGACUGGCAAUCUUCGGCGGAGCUAGUGGCAGACUCUGCGGCUUUCAUCAAGUUUAUGCACGCCUUGCUUGGUCUUUACGCUUGGGAAUGGGCAACAUCUCUAGACUUCGAUUGGGCUGUCCUUUCCGGUAAAAAACAAUUCCGUUGGCCAUUGAUAUUCUAUUUUGCCGGUCGAUAUCUUCUACUUUUUGCACUAAUUGGAAUUGCAAUCGCGCUAGACACGCCAAAAGAAAUCAACUGUCAAGCACUGUAUACUUUCAUUCAACUUGCCGGGGAUGGUGCUGUAGGUAUUGCAAGCAUCAACUUAUCACUACGCACGAUAGCGGUUUGGUCACAGAAUCGCUAUAUUGUUUCUAUACUGGUGCUCAUCAUGCUCGGUCACUGGUCAUUGAUUCUGCAAGGCGUGCUUCUUACCGCCGCGUGGAUUCCUGGCUCAGGUUGUGCGAUAGUCAAGAGUAACAACACGGUCCUUGCUGCUACAUUUAUAUAUUCCAUGUGCUUUGAUCUCGUUGUUCUCUGCUUGUCCACGUAUAAGCUUGCAUGGACACCUAUGAAGUCUGGCUCAGGAGCGAGGAGCAAGCUCAUCAGAAUGAUCUUUUCUGAUGGUUUGAUCUACUUCUUCAUCGCUUUCGUUGCGAAUCUCAUUGCCACAGUUUUCAUGAUUUUGAACUUGAACGCAAUCAUGAGUGUCAUUUUCAACGUACCAGCUGCUGUUGCUUCAACUAUUGUAGCCUCUCGUGUCGUCCGGCGGUUAACGAACUUCAAAAUAACGGGUGCAGAAGUCUUUGCAUCAUCCGGGCAAAAUUCUGGUAUCGCUUUCCGAUCAAUGAAUGGAGGACGUCCCAUAGGGACUGUCGGAUCUGCAACUAAAGUUCAAGGUGCUGUGCAUGUCGAGAUGGAAACGUUCACCCGCACAGAAGAGAUAGAAGCCGCUUACGUCAGACCAAAACGACAAACGACACUCUUCGACGCUAACAACACUACGCCUCGUGUUGAGCUUGAUGAUGAAGAUUUCAAAGAGAAAAACUGGGAUUGUAGUUCCCAAGAGGACGACAUCAAACGACCGGACGUUCUAUAGACUGGUUGUUCUAUGUUGCAGAUUGAGCUCGACCAACCACGAAAAGGUUGAAUGUCGAUUUCUGCCUUGUACGUUCGCAACAUGCAAGGUCGUCUUCCGAGGACUUAUCGGAUGCUUAUGGCCUUGCUUCACGUUGCAUAGAUAGGACGUAGAUAAUAGAUCUAGACAUCUAUCUACACACGCACGAGACUCGUGGUAGAGUGUAUAUUGUCAUACCCAGGAUAUAUGGCUCGUUGGGACUUUCAGUGCUGAAAAAAAAAAUUAUCGGAAUUAUUGGGUUUCACGUCUUUCUCUGCAUACACAAUCCUUUUACUUGCUGUCGCUUACUAUAGAAUCCUGUGUUCUUUG